AUGGCGGAACUGCGGCCUUCUGCGCAUCAAUACGUAUCCUCACAAUCGUAUGAUGUCGGUGUCCAAUUGCAAAUAAUCAAAGCUCUUCUAACUGUUGUAACUAGUCAGUAUGUUGAAGUUCACGAAGGUACCGUUCUCAUGGCAGUUCGAACCUGCUACAAUAUAUUCCUCGCUAGUAAAAACCUCAUCAAUCAAACCACAGCCAGAGCCACCUUGACACAAAUGCUGAAUGUAAUUUUCACUAGAAUGGAAAAUCAAGCAUUGGAAGCAGAAGUGCAAGCUGAGCUGCAAUCUAGUCAGUCCAACAAUGAUUCUAAACUGUCAAAUGAGAGUGAAUCAAAGUCAGAAAUAUCUCUGAAGGAGGACAACUCAGAAAAUGAGUUGAAGGUUGAUUCCGAGGAGAUAACUGGAGAACAAGUGGUGUCUGAGGUUAUAGAUAAUAUUUUAGACAAUGUGAUGGCGGAAGUUAUUGAUAAUAGACAAGUUGAGGUUGUAAGUAUCAAUUCUCCCGAAAAUGAAACUCAGAGCAUGACAUCCUCCAUUACAAGGAUACCAUCCCAAGAAAGUAUGGACAUACAAAGUGAAAACGACUCUGCUGUUACAGCAAAAUUCACCCACAUACUUCAAAAAGAUGCUUUCCUUGUAUUCCGAGCUCUGUGUAAACUCUCCAUGAAACCAUUACCUGAUGGUACCCCUGACCCCAAAUCUCACGAGCUCAGGUCAAAAAUUUUAUCAUUACAACUGCUUCUAUCCAUUUUGCAGAAUGCUGGACCCGUCUUCAGAUCAAACGAAAUGUUCAUUACUGCUAUCAAGCAAUACUUGUGUGUAGCCUUAUCUAAAAACGGGGUUAGCUCUAUUCCCAAAGUUUUUGAACUGUCCUUGGCGAUAUUUUUGGCUUUAUUGUCCAACUUCAAACUCCAUCUCAAAAUGCAAAUAGAGGUGUUCUUCAAAGAAAUAUUCCUCAAUAUUUUAGAAACGACAAAUUCCUCAUUCGAGCAUAAAUGGAUGGUAAUACAAGCGUUGACACGGAUCUGCGGUGAUGCCCAGAGCGUAGUCGAUAUAUAUGUAAAUUAUGACUGUGAUUUAUCUGCUGCUAACUUGUUCGAACGUCUAGUCAAUGAUUUAUUUAAAGUUGCGCAGGGAAGACAUUCCGUGGAAUUAGGGGCAUCCCCUAAUCAAGAAAGGGCUAUGAAACUACGUGGUUUGGAAUGUCUGGUAUCUAUUUUGAAGUGUAUGGUUGAAUGGAGUAAGGAUCUUUAUGUAAAUCCCAAUUUGCAAUCCACUGUCGGUGAACAGGAGCCUAAAGAGGCUGAUAAUACUUCUUUAAAGUCCCACGGGGGGUCUUGCAACAGUUUGCAGUCUAGUGAGAGUGGUGGAAAUAAAGAGGUUUUGGAUUCACCAGAACAGCUCGAGGUGCAGAAACAACAAAAAGAGGUGAUAAUAAUACAUCAUGGAAACCAUGAAGAUGUUGCUAAAUUCCUACACACCGAUGAUCGAUUGGACAAAACAUUUAUUGGUGAAUUCUUAGGUGAUAAUGAUGAUUUUAACAAGCAAGUCAUGUAUACUUACGUGGAUCAGAUGAACUUUAUCAGCAUGGAUUUUGUAGCAGCUCUGAGGCACUUCUUAGAUGGAUUUAGACUUCCUGGAGAAGCACAAAAAAUUGACAGAUUGAUGGAAAAAUUCGCGAGUAGAUAUUGCGAAUGUAAUCCUAACAAUGGUCUCUUUGCAAGUGCUGACACGGCUUACGUGCUAGGUUUUUCAAUCAUCAUGCUCACCACCGAUUUACAUUCACCUCAAGUGAAAAACAAAAUGUCUAAAGAGCAAUACAUCAAACUUAAUAGAGGCAAUACUGAUAGCAAAGAUGUCCCCGAAGAAUAUCUCUCUCAAAUUUAUGAUGAAAUAGCCGGACAUGAAAUCAAAAUGAAAAAUACAGUUAACAAGCCAGGAAAACAACAAUUCAACAGUGAAAAACGAAGAAAGAUUCUCUUCAAUAUGGAGAUGGAGGCGAUUUCAACAGCUGCCAAAAACUUAAUGGAAUCUGUGUCUCAUGUCCAAGCACCUUUCACACUAGCAAAACACUUGGAGCACGUGAGGCCGAUGUUCAAGAUGGCUUGGACUUCUUUUUUGGCAGCCUUUAGUGUUGGUUUGCAAGACUGUGAUGACCCAGACGUGGCGACUUUGUGCUUAGAUGGAAUCCGAUGUGCGAUUAGAAUUGUCUGCAUUUUCCAUAUGCCUAUGGAAAGAGAUGCUUAUGUUCAGGCCUUGGCUAGAUUCACUCUACUCACUGCGAAUUCUCCUAUAAUGGACAUGAAGGCCAAAAACAUAGACACUAUCAAAACACUUAUCAUGGUUGCACACACCGAUGGGAAUUACCUCGGUUCAAGUUGGCUGGACAUUUUAAAAUGCAUAUCACAGUUGGAACUGGCGCAGUUAAUUGGAACUGGGGUGAGGCCAGAAUUUUUAUCUGGACCCGGUCAUAAGCCUCCUGAUCCUAGUUCGAAAGAACGCAUUGGUCAAACUAGCUCACAAAGUGUGGUGGUUGCUGUUGACAGGAUCUUCACUGGUUCGACCAGACUUGACGGUGAUGCCAUAGUCGAUUUCGUAAAGGCUCUAUGUAAGAUUUCGUUGGAAGAACUCGCGCACCCAGGUCAUCCCAGGAUGUUUUCCUUGCAGAAAAUUGUGGAAAUUUCUUAUUAUAACAUGGGUAGAAUUCGUCUCCAGUGGUCGAGAAUUUGGCAAGUACUUGGUGAACAUUUUAAUACGGUGGGAUGUAAUCCAAAUGAAGAAAUAUGUUUCUUUGCCGUCGACAGCUUGCGUCAACUUUCUAUGAAAUUCAUAGAAAAGGGUGAAUUCUCCAAUUUCCGAUUUCAAAAAGACUUUCUCCGUCCUUUCGAAUAUAUCAUGAAAAACAACGUAUCUCCCACGAUAAGGGAUAUGGUUGUACGCUGUGUCGCCCAGAUGGUAAACUCGCAGGCCAAAAACAUUAGGUCUGGUUGGAAAAACAUCUUUUCCGUAUUCCACUUGGCUGCCGGAGAUCAAGAGGAAGCGAUUGUGGAACUUGCCUUCCAAACUACUGGCAAAAUUAUAAUGGAACUAUAUGAAAAACAGUUCUCGACAAUGAUAGACUCUUUCCAAGAUGCCGUCAAAUGUUUAUCAGAAUUUGCUUGUAAUGCCCGAUUUCCGGACACGAGCAUGGAAGCUAUACGACUGGUGAGAGCUUGUGCUUGUAGUGUCAAUGGGGCUUCUCAUCUUUUCGCUGAACACGGCGGUAUGGAAAAUGAUAUUACAGUAUCUGAAGAUGAUAGGGUUUGGGUACGAGGUUGGUUCCCUCUUUUAUUUUCUCUGUCCUGUGUAGUCAACAGGUGCAAGUUAGAUGUUAGGACGAGAGCCCUGACUGUUCUCUUUGAAAUAAUUAAAACCUACGGCGAUACUUUCAGUCCGCACUGGUGGAAGGACUUGUUCAAAGUACUUUUCAGGAUAUUUGAUAACAUGAAACUGCCUGAGAAGCAGCCGGAAAAGGCAGAAUGGAUGACAACGACUUGCAACCACGCUCUUUAUGCUAUUGUUGAUGUAUUCACUCAGUACUUUGAUGUCUUGGGGCCACUAUUAUUGGAGGAAUUAUACUUACAGUUGCACUGGUGCGUGCAACAAGACAAUGAACAACUGGCAAGAUCUGGAACGAACUGUCUGGAAAACCUGGUGAACUCCAACGGUCAGAAGUUCAAUGAAGAAACCUGGCAGAAGACUUGCCAAUGUAUGCUGGACAUAUUCAACUCGACCAUACCGUUGUCUCUGAUUUCUUGGAAGCCAGAUUCAAUGAAAACUACAGCAGUCAUAGAGCAGAACGGUGAUUUAGGUACCAAUAAAGGUAUAUUAAAGCGAUCAAGUUAUCAAGACCACAGUUUGAGUAACGGUGAAAUUUUCAAUAGCCUCGCGAUAAAAAGUGCUGUACAGUUGGAGCUUAUACAGACGAUAGAUAAUAUCGUUUUCUAUCCUGCAACCUCUAGAAAAGAGGAUGCUGAGACUUUGGCUUUAGCCGCUGCUGAUAUGGCGGGAAGCGGUUCUUUGACAGAGUGCCAGCGCGAAGAACAGGGGAUGUAUAGGUUACUGAGUUCGCCACAUCUCUUGCAGUUAACUGAGUGCCUUCUGCAAUCGCAUAGGUUUGCAAAAGCCUUCAACUUGAACCACGAACAAAGAAAUCUUCUCUGGAAAGCGGGGUACAAGGGUUCAGCAAAGCCAAAUUUAUUGAAACAAGAAACGCAGAGUCUCGCUUGUCUAUUGAGGAUAUUAUUCAAAAUGUAUUGUGAUGAAAGUAGGCGCCAACAUUGGCCAUUGAUAGAAUCCAAAUUGAUCACGGUUUGCCAAGAAGCUCUUGAAUACUUUUUACAAUUACAAAGCGAGGGGCACAGAGAAGCGUGGACUUCUUUGUUAUUACUGGUGAUGACGAGAUUGCUGAAAAUGCCUGACAAUAGGUUUGCAGCUCAUGUCUCAAGAUACUACCCCCAGCUUUGUGAAAUUGUGUGCUUUGACCUGAAGGCAGAGCUUAGGUCGAUAUUAAGAAGAGUCUUCCUAAGAAUAGGACCUGUAUUUCACAUCACCAAUACAUAGUGUAGAGCAUAGUGACAGUUUACAUAUAAUUUCACAACUGUAAAUAAAUUCAACAACUUGAUCCUCACCCUAGCUUGUGUUUUAUCCAACUAGUACAAAAUUGAUCUGUUUUAGGUAAUCAGCAAAGUUCGUUUUUGGCUGGAUGACAAUUCUUGAUAUUCUUAUUAGAAUAUAUAGUUUCAGCACCUUUUAUAUUUUGGGGACUUUACAUGAAUGUUGAUAGUUCAUAAUUCUGACAGAAGUUAGAACUGAAAAUAUAUAUUUUUUAAAUAAUAGUUCCCGUUCGAUAUAUUUUCAGAAAGGAAAAUAGAUUUUUGUAUCAUGUGUAAAUAGCAAUUGUUUGAAAUCAUUCCGUAUUAGGUAAUAAGUUUAAUAGGAUAUAUUUAUAGAAAAGUUAAAUUUGUUAUGUGCCUUCAUAGUUGUUGUACUUUUUAAUUUGGUUUUUACGUGGAAUCGUAUUUAUUUGCUGUUAACGACAAUAAGCAUAAUUUGAAAGAAUGUUGUUUCAUACAUUUUGCUAAUGUCGUUGAAUGUAUUACAAGUCAUAAUUUAUUAUAAUUUUUAAGCAUCAUAUACAAACAUUAUUGAUUGUAAAUAAAAUAUCAACACCAUAUUUGUGUUGCUUUUAAUAAAGUAAUUUAACUCAAUAAAUCAUGUCUAUUGUUGA